CUGAGCAGUACUGUAGAUGGUAACAUGUAAUGUUGAAAAUACCUAUUAAUUAGGCAUUUUAUUUGUCUCAAAGGGACUCUGGUUGUCCAAAAUCAAGUAGCAGUACAACAACUACAAAUGACUCAGUUGUUUUCUCCCAGUCAUCUAACGCUUCCAAGGAGCAGAUCAUCGAUCUAAAACACGGUGGUUCUUCAAGUCACAAAGGAGUAGAAAUAAAUCAGAAUCAUGACGACAACUGUUCUAAGACAAAGAGCUUGAUGGUAAAGAAAGAAGCUGAAAUCUUUACAGAAGAGAAUUUCAUAGGACUCAUCAAUCUCUACUGUCAGAAAACAAAGCAUUGCCAUGAUUACGUCCUACUGAGCAAAUGCGGUCCACCACAUAAUCCUCAAUUUUUCUACAAAGUAGUCAUUGACAACAAGGAAUAUCCUGUGGGUGAGGGUAAGACUAUCAAAGAGGCCAAACAAAAUGCUGCUCGGCAGGCGUGGUCUGCUCUUCAGGAACAAUCAAAUUGGGAUAGUAAGCUGGUUUCUUGGUCAGCUGUGUCAGAUGAUGUUACACCAGUCCAGCUGUCCAGCCCAGCGAGCACACUGAUCCCACAUGAUGCAAAAUCAGAAAGAAUACCAAUGACUUCAAGUGACCCAGUUGUUUCCCCAAAGGUUCAGAGACCUUCCAAGGAACAGGAUCAAAAUCCUGAUUUAAAACCAAAAAUAAGAAUUGCAGCAAAUUUCGGUAAUGUUUCCAGACACAAAAAAAAGGAUUUGCACAACUCUGAUCUCAAAGAAAAGAGUAAAGAAAGAGGUUCCACCGAGAAAACAUCAAGUCAAGUAGUACAAUCGAGGUUUACACUGGAAUUCGACUCUAUAGAGCGCCUUGGUAAAGGAGCCUUUGGUCGUGUUUAUAAGGCAAAACAUAAGCUGCUGAAUAAAUAUUAUGCUAUUAAAAUUGUUCGCUGCAAAGAAAAGUCUCUAAGGGAGGUGGUGGCAUUAUCAGACCUCCAUCACACCAACAUUGUUCGAUACUACACCUGUUGGAUUCAGGAUUUAGAAUACCAAGUGGACAGUACAGGCGACACCUACAGUACUUCGCAGUCUGCUAGUGAUUCAUCUGAAAAGUGCCUCUAUAUUCAGAUGGAGCUGUGUGAUACUAAAACACUUAGAGUGUGGAUAGACGAGAAGAAUACUCAGAAUGUGAAGAAAUCUCUGCGAGACUCAAGGAGAAAGGAAGAGAGCCUAAUCAUUGCUCAGCAAAUAGCCAGUGGAGUCGAGUACAUUCACUCAAAGAUGCUCAUCCACAGAGACCUGAAGCCUGCCAACAUCAUGUUUGGACGGGAUGGAGAAGUGAAGAUUGGAGACUUUGGCCUGGUCACUGCUGAGAUUGACAAUGAUGCUGAGAAUCUACUGGAAAGAAGUGCUUACAAAGGAACACCAUCUUAUAUGGCUCCCGAGCAGAAAAGCAAGAGCUAUUACGACCGAAAAGUAGACAUAUUUGCUUUGGGGUUGAUAUAUUUUGAACUUCUUUGGAAUCUCCCUGUUGGCCCUGAAAGAAAAGCGGUUUGGGACAAUGCCCGAAGCCAGAAACUUCCUCAAGGGUUUUUGAAUAAUUUUCCACAAGAGCAUCAAAUCAUAAAGGCAAUGCUGUGUGCGAAGCCAGAAAACCGUCCGGAAGCAAGUAAACUAAAGGAGGAGCUGAAAGAGUACUCUGAUGCACUUUUAAUGCAAAAACAAAUGCUUCGAAAUAGUAACACAGUUUGACAGUUAUAAGGACUUUAAUGAAAAGUCUAAAAAAGAACACUCGGAUUAGUCAUUUCAUGCAUGACUGUAUUCAACACACAUCAUGUCAUGCAGUGCAUGUGUGGAUGUUUUGAAUGCUUUCUUUUCAUGGUCUGAUGCAUCAUCAGAUAUAGUUGUAUUUAUGGAGUGCUUGGUUUAAAGAAAGGCUGAUGAAGUGAUUCAUGUUAUAAUAUAUGAAUGAAAUACAAAUUAAAUUUGUGUCAUUAUUCACUUGUUGUCUACACUUAUAUAAAUUAUUUGUUUUAUCCUGUAAUAUUUUGUAAUAAAAGUGAUGUCAUACUUGUAUAGUUUUGUAAAUAAUAAUAAUAAUAAUAAUAAUAAUAAUUAAAAACGGGAAAAAAAAGAACUCCAGAUGAAUGACUGCAAUGUGAAAUCGUGCAAUAAAAAACGUUACAAGGUGACUUGGGUUCAUCCUUUCAGCUGUGUGGAGGGAGUAGCAUGCUGGUUAUGGUAGUUUCCAUACAGUUGGGCCACUUUCUAUUACAGUAAGUGGUUUAGGGUGUCAUGUGAGUAAUUUCAUCCAUUGAAAGAUUAAAUAUACUGGUAAGUGAAUAAAUCCUUCUCUCAGAUUUUUAUUGUGAAGUCACUGCGUACGAUAGAUUUGCCAUGGAGUACUGCAAAACUGAAUUUUGAGUCUUCCCAUGAUGGGUAUUUCUUCUUUACUCACUUUCUUUUCAUUCUCUGUUUAUACCCCACUCUGCAUUCAGCCAUUGGUUAUUUUCUAUCUCUCUUCCAUAGCCUGUCUUCUAUCCUAUGUGGAUGGCAGAGGUUUUUCUUUCCCACUCUCA